AUGUCCAAGCUAGGUAAAACUCAGCGAGAGAUUGCAGCCUUUCUUGGUAGAUCAAAAACAUUUGUUCUCAAUGCUCUUCGCGACCCAAAACCUGGUAUUCCAACUGGACGUCCCCGGAAAACCACAAAUGAGGAUGACAGUCAUAUCAAACGGUUGUCAAAUAUUGACCCGUUCAAGGCAGCGUCGAAGAUCAGGGAUGAACUGAGCUUGCCAGUGAGUUCCAGAACAAUUCAGAGACGGCUUGUUGAGAAGCAGCAGCUCGUCGGUAGGAGUCCAAGAAAAGUUCCUAUGCUCACACGUAAGCAUCUCCAAGCUCGACUGAAAUUCGCCAAAGAACAUCUAGACUGGAUUGGACCCGAGAAUGGGUCGGUACACCAGCCAGGCGGUGGACCUCAGAGUUUCGAGUCCGAGGUGGACUAUUCAAAGUCAUCCUGA